AUGACGAUGGUGACAAGGAUGAAGCCAAGAAGACCAAGAACCGUAUCAUCAGAGCGACCAAAAAGAAACUGGAGCAAGUGGACUACCUUUCAGGUACGGUCACUCACAAAGGCUACAUAGAGAUGGCAAAAAACGUUUUAGCUUCAGAGCUUUCCGAGAGUACCAAUGCCGACAAUCAAGACCCUAUUGCGCGACAAUAGAGGGUCUGUUUUCGAGACGCAUGCAAAACUAGAUGAUGCUGUCCGUAACUGGGAUGAUGCAAGUCCACCUUGGACGGAAAAGCAACGGUGCUCAAAAAUGAUGAUAAACUUCUUGCCGGAUCGCAUCCACACCCUGGAUAUGACGGAUUUUGAUCCUGGACAGAAAGCAGCAAUUGCCGAGUUGCGUGCUGCUAGGGAGCUGAAGUGGCUCAAAGAUGCAGAGGCGGCUCAAGAGACCGCAGAGAAAGGAAAUUUUGCCCACGCAAAGUUGAUCGGGGAGGUAGUGGAGUGUGGUUGCUGCUUUGAGGAGUGUGCUCUCAACCGAAUGGUACAUUGCGAUGGCAAGAAUAUUCAUUGGUUUUGUCGAAAUUGCAUGAAAAUGCAGGCGGAGACAAAUAUCGGCAUAUCCAAAUACGAAAUAUCUUGCAUGUCUGUAGACGGAUGCGACGCCGGCUUCUCUGCAGAUCAGAUGAAGCUGUUUCUCGACAAGAAACUCCGUGUGGUCCUAGAACGUCUCGAACAGGAGGCUAUGUUGCGGAUGGCAGGCAUCGAGAACCUUGAGACUUGUCCGUUCUGCCCCUACGCAGCAGAAUGUCCUCCCAUUGAGGUUGAUAAGGAAUUCACAUGUAUUAAUCCUGGCUGUGAAAAGGUUAGCUGUCGUCUGUGCCACAAAGAGACGCAUAUACCAAAGACCUGUGCCGAAGCCUCCAAAGACCAUGGUCUGGACGCACGACAUGUCCUCGAGGAAGCCAUGAGUGAAGCGUUGAUACGGCAUUGCAAUAAAUGUCAAGCUCCUUACCUCAAACUAAAUGGUUGCAACAAGAUAUACUGCACUAAAUGCUCCACGAUGCAAUGUUAUGUCUGUCGCCAAACCAUUACCAGCUACGCACACUUUGACGACGCCAGGAGAGGUGGCAAAAGUGGUCAGUGUCCGUUGUUCGAUAAGACCGAGGAGCGACACGAACGAGAGGUACAGCAAGCGGAAAAGGAAGUCCGCCAGAAAAUGUUACAAGAUAAUGCCGACAUAACUGAAGAGGUGCUCCAAAUCAAUCUGUCAGAAAAAGUCCGGCAGGACGAUCAAAAGCGUAAAAAGGAGAAUCAGCUUCGGCAGCAACAGCAGCAACAGCAGCAUCUUAACCCUGCUGCCCACGCUAAUCACAUGGAUAUGGAUAUCGUCAAUCGUGCCAUAGAACACGCCCGUCAAUUUCAUCAACGAGUUCAAAAUCAUUAUCCUAUGCACCCUGCUGUGCCUCCUCCUCCGUAUCCCCACAUGCACCCUCUCGCGCCUCCACCGCCUCCACCGCCUCAACCUAUUGACGUGCCCGGUGGUCCCCAAGCUAGAGAUAUCGACCCCGGGGUAGUGGUUCCAUUGAUGCCUAUGCAUGAUCAGAGACUACAGCAGGAAAAUCUGCUGCAGCAGAGAGAACGCUUACUGCAGCAGCGGGAACGCCUACAGCAGCAACGGCGACACCUACAGCAGUUUCAGCGGAUGCAGAUGGAUAUUAUUAGAGGUAGAGAGCCGCCUCAAGGUAUGGUAAGAGGCAGGUAUGCCCCUCGGGGCGUUGCUCCGAAUGCUCCUAUGCAUCCACCCCAGAAUCAACAAGAGGCCAUGCAAAACCAACCAGAAAACCGUUUAAAUUUGGCCGCUGGACGUCAGCACGAACCUCAGGUAUUGCAGCAAGAUGUUCCGAAUAACCCACCUCAAGAUGGACCAGCAGAAGGUGUGGAUCCGCUCUAUCAGCCAGCAGAACAAGGAAAUGGAUUUCUAAAUCUACAAAAUCCAAACGGAUUCAACUUCCGCCGUUGGGGAUUUUAACUGCUGUCUUUCCAUUUCCUGCAGGAUAAUUCACC